AUGCAGUGGCAGGCGUUCCAAAUCAUCACGUCUCAUUUCAUCUUGAAGUACGUUGACAAGAAGCAGGAUGCAGAUCUGGUUAACCAGCUCACUAUGCUGAUGACGGGUCCCGGGGCCACAGGCAAGACUCACGUGGUGAAAGCUGUCCAGGCAGUUAUGCAUCAUUAUGGCUGUGCACAUCUUAUUAGGUUCUUGGCUCCCACUGGCUCUGCUGCAGCACUGAUUGAUGGUAUGACUGUGCACAAGGGGCUUGGAUUGAAAAUUAAAUCACUGAACAAAGGAAAAGGUACACGACAGCCUGGAACCUCCUUGGAAGAUUAUUCAGUCCUGAUUAGCGUGCAGAACCACACCCAGCUUCGCGAGGAGUGGAAAAACAUUGAGUACUUACUUAUAGAUGAGGUUUCCCUGUUAAGCUUGCAGCUGUUGGUACAGAUAGACCAUGCCCUU